AUGGCCGCAGACGAGAACGACCUAGACAUCGUCAAGCAAUGCAUCGAGAUCAUCGAACAGGAGGCGCUUUCCUUGAUGGUAGACGGUGGUGAAAACCGGGCCGACGACGCGAAGCUCGCCGAGGUGCUGCAAGUCUUGGGUGACGGCAAGGCAGUGGAGAGGCCCAGCGAUUCCCGGGACCUGCAGGAGAAGCUGUCACUGCUGACCCGAGGCCAAGAGGGACACUGGCAGAGCCAUGUUCAGUACCGCUUUAUGUCUCCUAGGGCCCAGGGCCAGGCUGUAAUUGCAGCAGGCAUGCACCUUCUCAGUGAGCAGAUCCAUAGCAAGACGGAGGAGUUGAAAGCUGUUGAGGACUUGCAGAAGGACCCACGGGGACAUUCCAGCCCGGGUCAGAAGGCGAAUCAGAGGCUUCUCCAAGCUUCGGACAACCCUCCAAGCCCGACUGGUUUGGGGCUACUGCCGCCAACACCUGAGCGUCCGCAUCAAGAGCUUCCGGAGCCACAAGAUGUUGGACAGGGCCUGUACUCAGACACGCUUGCUCGGUUGGCACAGUCCCAUGCAGAGCUCAAGAGUCGCAUCAUCUCCUUGGAGUCUGAGAACAAACGACUGCAAGAAGAAGCGAAUCUGCGAUCGAUGGAGGAGCGGAAUCGUCUGCUGCAGGUCGAGUCCAUUCUCAAGGGAGAAGAGGGCUCCCGCCUGGGAGCGAAGGCCAGGCCAUCGAUUCCACGGCCCAAAGCCAAGCCACGCUGCGCAGAGCGCGCGGUGACACCUCCCCCCAUGCGACCACACUGGCGGAAUGAUCGGCCAACUUGGGCCCAGCGGAGUGAGCCUCCCGAGCGUAAAGCGCCAGCGCCAGCACGGCCAGCGGGGUCAAGUCAGAGCCGAUAUGCCCCACAAGAAAGGAGCUCGGCAGGCUUAACAGGCAGGACCACCCCGCCGAAGCCAAAAAUGGGACGCAGCACACCGCCGCGAGCAGUUCCGAAAGUUUCACCGAGAUCUGGAGCCGAUGGCAUUCCUGCACGUGGCACGCCCCCAGUGCCGAGCUUCCCGGCAACGGCACGGGGCCUGACGAGCUCGGUGCGAGUGCCUCGCUUCGCAAGUUUGGGUUUAUGGACGUUUUGGCAAAGCGACAUGCAACUCAGGCCAGGCCCGAGCGUUCGGGCAGUGCCUCGCCCCCUCGUGGCGGCGCUCGGCAUAC